AUGAGCCGAUCCUGGACUACCAAGAGCAACAGUCUCCUGAAAGACGGCAGCUGGAUCAGAAAAGUGGAUGAUGAGGAUGAAGACAUCGACCGAGACCCAAACUUUGCCAAAUCUGUUCUGAGUGGGUUCCAAACCGAUGACACUCCUGCAAGCACCACAACCACUACAGUCAGCAAGGACGGCAAAACCACUGAGACCACCGUCACCACCACCCAGGGUGUUAGAUCUCAAGUGAUUAAAUCUCCCACCAAGACUGAGACGUUCACUGAGCGGGUCAUGGCUUCAAGCAAAGAGCCAAUAUACUCCAGCUACUCACCGACCAAAACAACUAAAGUGACUGAGACAACUGUUACCAGCAAUAAAGGGACUGAGGACAAACUCUACGACACACUCAUCCCCUCACUGGUCAAGGAUGAUUUGUCCCCCACAGACAGGAAAACUACUGUCACCAGUACUGAGACUGUGAUUGUGAAAAGCAGCCCUGAAACUACUGACGCCGAGGACCACCUUUUCAACACACUCAUCCCCUCGUCUACCAAGGAUGAUUACUCACCCACAGACAGCAAAUCAACUCUUUUCACUACUGAGACUGUGACAGUGAGAGGCAGUCCUAUUGGAAAUAGUUCUAAAACUACAACCACGACAAGAUCUUCCUCUUCGGCUGAAGAUGACCUGUAUGGCAGCCUUCUGCCUAAAUCCAUUACAUCUGCAACUAGUCUGUCUUCUCCCAUCAGCAGCAGCAGCAGCAGCAGCAUCACAAGGAGAGAGGUCAUCACAGUGGAGAGCAGCAGAGGAGGAGACAGCCCAACUCUGUCAUCACCAUCCUCCACCCGCAGAACCACCAGUUACAGCUCAUACAAUGAUGAUCCUCCCUCCACCCGAACCUCCACCUACACCAUCAGCAGCACACCCAGUGACAACUACAGCAGCGACCGUAAAAGCUACUCCAGUGACGACUACAGCAGCGACCGUAAAAGCUACUCCAGUUAUGAGUACAGCCCCACUAACACCUACACCUCAAAAAGGACCAGCAGCAGGUCAGAUGACACACUGGGGGAUGCAAUCUACUCAUCCUCUGUGAAGAGUGUGUAUGGAGCGCCUGAGAGGACCGUGCUUGAGAAAGACCUGUGCAGCUACUGCCGCAAGCCCUUCAUUGGUGACGCCAAGAUGGUCCUGGACGACAUGAAGAUCAACUGCCACGCUACCUGCUUUAAAUGCGAGGUGUGUAACAGCACUCUGGGUCAUAUGAAGGCCGGGGACAGCAUUUGGAUCUACAAACAGAUGGUGCACUGUGACAACUGCUUUGAGAUCACCAGAGACAAAUGGCGGCGUUGAGUUUCUCCUGAGUCGUCCCUGGAGAAGAAGCACAUGUGAUUAAAGUCAAAAUGCAUUGCUGCUUAUCAGAAUGUUUUGGGUGGAAUGGGUUAUCUUGUACUUUUAUUUUUACGAGCUGUAAAAGCUUUAUCAGGGCGUUUUGACAAAUGACAGUUUUACCAUGAAAAUACAUUUUUAUAUAUAGAUGUAUACACACUAUUGCAGCUCUUUUGCAGCUAGUUGUAACUGUAUUGUUGACGCUGUUAUAUUGCUGUCUCUGUAUCUGCCCCUUUUCACAAAAUACAGAUAUCACUUCUGAUAUUCUCAGCAGCCUUUAGGGGGACUCUUGUGUGUAACAUGAAAGGAGGUAUUAUAAACUUUAGGGCCGGGGGCUUUUUCUGCGUGCAAUAAAGGCAAUCAAUAUAUCUAGA